AUGCUGGACUCCUCGGUGGCAGAUCAGUUGACCCGGCUGACCCUGAAACUCCUGGAGAAGAAACUGAAGCAGGAGCGCGAGGAUGUGGAAGUGGGUUCUGAGGACCCCCACCUCACGCCCGGAAAUGAGGAUGGGCCAGAGGCCGCCCUGCGGAGCGCUCUGCGGAUGAGGAAGGACCUUCUGCAGAGACUCUGGGAACAGCACCUCCUGGAAGAGGUCUCCAGGGCCCGCACCUGGAGGGGGCUGGACGGAGGAGCCCGUGGGUCAGUGCUGCCCCCAGAGGUGCCCCCCGUGGGCGUCCACCCCGCUGUCUCCCCGGCCCCACCCACCCUGGACCCACCGCAGAUCACCCAACACCCGGCACCCCCACCUCCCACCACCAUCAGCCAGCAGCUGGCUCAGCACCCACUCAUCGCACAGACUCCCCUUCCCCAGGCCUUCCCCACUCAGCAGUCAGGAAGCAUCAAGGAAGACGUGGUGGAGACGAUGCUGAUGCAGAACGCACAGGUGCACCAGAUCCUAAUGCAGACCCUGAUGCUCAGAGCCCUGCCCCCGUCAGCGCUCGCGCCCGCCCCCCUGCGCCUCCCGCCACAGGACCCGCAGUGGGCUCGCCCCACCGUCCUGCGAGCCAAGAGGCAGAAGCCGCCCUCUGUGCACCACCAUUACCACUACGCGCCCCCAGCCCCGCUGCAGGCCAGCCCCACUCCUGGCUCCCCGGCGGGUUACUCCACGUGGCCCCCGGUGGUCUCCGCCACUGCCCUCCCUCCUGCUGCCAGCUUCCUGCCCACCGUGUGGCACGUGGCCGGUCCCUCAGUGGCCGCCCUUAGCACACCAGGGCAGCAGCUGCAUCCAGACACACCCUCCUUCCGCUUAGGGCGGCGUCCCACGGUGUCCUGCCCACACAGGCUCCAGGCCUGUGACCCCACGGCGGGCUCGGGGGAGAGGCUCCGGCUCUUCACAGGAAAGGAGCAGCUGCAGGACAUGUGCCUGGUGUGUCUGUUUGCCAGAAGGCUCGUCAGAGGAAGCGAGAUGACCUCGGAAUUGCCCUUUGGCUGCACGCAGGCUCCCCCUGGGCUGACCUCGCCCCGUGCAGCUGCCCAGCGAGGAGAGGGCCGGGGCCUGGAUGCCUGA